GUGCUAUUGGAUGCUUGUUUGGCAGUAUGGAAUAGUUUGUUUCCAAGAUGGCUACAACUGUAGGAUGUUCAGAAGCAGAGGUGUUGGGAUUGUUCACGUGUGUUGGUCUUAGUGACCAAAAAGCUCGGGAGACUUUGAAGAAUGAAGUCCUGAGCUCAACCUUAAGGGAUGCGAUUCUGAAGGCCCAGGGAGUUAUUGGUUCAAGUAUCGAUAAGGCCACAGGAACUCUCUUGUAUAGUGCUGCAGCCCGCCUCAAGGACCAAAAACGACUAGGAUUCCUAGUGGAAUACAUUGCAAAGAAGAAAAUUGUUAAUGAUCUGCAACUAACUGCUGCCCUAGAUUAUGUGAAGAGCAAUCCUGUUGAUCCCAUUGAUCGUGUACAUUUUGAAAACCACUGCGGCAUUGACGUUGUGGUGACUCCAGAACAAAUUGAAGAUGCUGUUGAAGAAGUAAUUCAGAAGUACAAGGAUCAGUUGUUGAAAGAGCGUUACCAUUUUAAUGUGGGACUACUGAUGGUUGAAGCAAGAACCAAAUUAAGGUGGGCAGAUGGAAAGAGCGUUAAGAAUGAAGUAGAUGUGCAGGUUUUGCAUCUGCUGGGUCCGAAGACUGAAGCUGACUUAGAGAAACGACCAAAGGUAGCAAAACCAAAGCCAGUUGAAACAGAAAAGAAAGAAGCACCCGGGGUAAAUGGUGAAGUUCAACUGGAGUCUAAGUCUCUGAUGGAGCAGCUGAGGGGGGAAGCUUUGAAGUUCCACAAGUGCGGUGAAAAUUUUAAAACAGAAGGGUAUGUUGUCACUCCGAAAACUAUGGAGUUACUAAAGAAGCACUUGGAAAGGACUGGGGGGCAGGUGCGAACUCGUUUCCCUCCAGAGCCUAAUGGAAUUUUGCAUGUGGGUCAUGCUAAGGCAAUCAACUUCAACUUUGGCUAUGCAAAGGCCAAUGGUGGCAUUUGCUUCUUGCGGUAUGAUGACACCAACCCAGAGAAAGAGGAGGAGAAAUAUUUUACAGCAAUCCGAGAGAUGGUGGAAUGGCUGGGUUACACACCAUAUGCUGUGACUCAUGCUUCUGACUAUUUUGACCAAUUGUACAAGUGGGCUGUGGAGCUGAUUCGAAGAGGCAGUGCUUACGUUUGCCAUCAGGAAACGGAAGAGAUCAGAGGGCAUAACCCUCCUCCAUCACCUUGGCGAGAUAGACCCAUUUUAGAGUCUCUUCAGCUGUUUGAGGACAUGAAGAAAGGAAAAUUUGCAGAGGGGGAGGCAACCUUGCGAAUGAAGAUGGUUAUGGAAGAUGGAAAAAUGGAUCCUGUAGCUUAUAGAAUCAAGUACACCCCCCAUCACAGAACUGGAGAUGCAUGGUGUAUAUACCCUACUUAUGACUACACCCACUGUCUAUGUGAUUCCAUUGAAGACAUUACCCAUUCUCUAUGUACCAAAGAGUUUCAAGCCAGACGAUCAUCUUAUUAUUGGUUAUGUAAUGCAAUUGAUGUUUACUGCCCUGUGCAGUGGGAAUAUGGACGAUUGAAUCUUCACUACACAGUUGUGUCCAAAAGGAAGAUUAUCAAGCUGGUUGAAACUAGUACUGUUAGGGACUGGGAUGAUCCACGUCUUUUUACCCUGACAGCUCUGAGAAGACGAGGAUUUCCUCCUGAAGCAAUUAAUAACUUCUGUGCUCGGGUUGGUGUGACAGUAGCACAGGCAACAAUGGAGCCCCAUUUGUUAGAAGCUUGUGUUCGAGAAGUGUUGAAUGAAACUGCACCAAGAGUUAUGGCUGUCCUAGAACCCUUAAAGGUUACAAUCACAAACUUCCCAUCUGAAAAGGUUCUGGAAGUAACAGUUCCAAAUUUCCCAGCAGAUGAAAGCAAGGGGUUCCACAAAGUUCCUUUCUCCAGUACAGUUUAUAUUGAGCAGUCAGACUUCAGAGAGGUUAUGGAAAAAGGGUACAAACGUUUGACUGUAGACCAACCAGUAGGCUUGAGACAUGCUGGAUAUGUCAUCUCGGUACAGAAUGUUGUUAAGAAUAAAAAUGGAAAAGUGACUGAACUGCAGGUAACAUGCAAGAAAUCCGACGCAGCAGAAAAACCUAAAGCUUUUAUUCACUGGGUGUCAAAUCCACUUAUCUGUGAAGUGCGAGUCUACGAGACACUUUUCCUACACAAAAAUCCUGAAGAUCCUGCAGAAGUGCCUAAUGGAUUCCUCAGUGACAUUAACCAUAACUCUCUGACUGUAAUUGAAGAUGCCAUGGUGGAUGUGUCUAUCACUAGUGCCAAUGUGUUUGAGAAAUUCCAGUUUGAGCGUGUUGGUUAUUUCUCUGUAGAUCCAGAUAGUACAGAUAAAAAGAUGGUGUUUAACCGCACUGUGACCCUUAAGGAAGACCCAGGAAAGAUAUGAAUAGUUUGUGACCUUCUCAUUCUCUGUAAUGGAUACCUCAGCAACUCUGAAAUGCUGAAUUUGGCUCAAUCCUCAGGAAGAGUUCACCCGUGCACAGCAAAGUGAAACUGAAAAAAAUACCACCAUUGCUGAAAGGUCACGCUUUUGCUUCAGCUACACAUGAAAAAACUGUUUUAAAAGGGCUCAAAUCGACCUUUCAGUGGCCUUUGUCUUUAGCUGAUUUUAAAUUAAACCUCUGUGGGCAGCCAUUACGUGGAUUAAAAUUAAGAUAAUGUUUAAUGAAUUUGCAUCAAAACGGAAUAAAUUUAUUAUGUUGCUUCUGUUUGUUUUA